AUGGGGCUGGAACCGCUCCGGCAGGCGGGCGGUGGAGCCGGGAAGCGGCCGGGAGCGAGCCUGCAGCCUCCCCCGCCUGCCAACCCCGCUCGUCUUUGCUGCUACUCGAGCACCGGAGCCUCUCAGCUCUGUAUCUGCAGCAUCAGCGAGAACUGCUCGGCGCGCAGACUCAGUGCGCACAGCCGCAGUCUGGAGCCGGGGGGCGGGGGCGGGCGCCGCAGCGCAGAAGCCGCAGCUAAGUGUCAAUAA